GAUUUCCCGGAGAGAUGCCCAAAAUCAAGCCUGCCCGUGGGGCCGGCGGCGAAAAACAUGCCCCCUUGGCCGAGCAGAUCCUGUCUGGGGAAGCUGUACACGCAGGGACCCGGGAAAAACGGCGAGGUCGCGCAACCUGCGAGGAGGAGGAGGAGGAGUACGUGGGCCCGCGGCUGACCCGGUGGAUUCUGCAGCAAGCGCUGCAGCAGCAGGAGGAACUCGAGGCCUAGCACGGGGCUGGGGCGAGGUCCGCGGCGCGGGAACCCACCACCAGUCUGGGUCCAGGAGUGCCACAGGAUGGAUCAGAUGAUGAGGAGUGGCCCACCCUGGAGAAGGCUGCCACAAUGACAGUGACAGACCACCAUGCAGAGGUGGUGGUGGACCUGGAGGAUGAGCGUGCCAUUGAAUUGUUCAUGAACAAGAACUCUCCUGCCAGACGCACCCUGGCUGACAUCAUCAUGGAGAAGCUGACUGAGAAGCAAACGGAGGUUAAGACAGUCAUGUCCGAGGUGUCAGGCUUCCCUAUGGCUCAGCUGGAUUCUCGGGUUCUGGAAGUUUACAGAGGGGUCCGGGAGGUGCUAUCUAAGUACCGAAGUGGUAAGCUGCCCAAGGCGUUUAAGAUCAUUCCUGCACUCUCCAACUGGGAGCAAAUCCUCUAUAUCACUGAGCCUGAGACCUGGACUGCAGUUGCCAUGUACCAAGCCACAAGGAUAUUCGCCUCUAAUCUGAAGGAACGCAUGGCCCAGCGCUUCUACAACCUUGUCCUACUCCCCCGAGUACGAGAUGACAUUGCUGAAUACAAACGGCUCAAUUUCCACCUCUACAUGGCACUCAAGAAGGCCCUGUUCAAACCCGGAGCUUGGUUCAAAGGGAUCCUGAUUCCACUGUGCGAGUCAGGCACCUGUACCCUCCAGGAAGCCAUCAUCGUGGGUAGCAUCAUCACCAAAUGCUCCAUCCCUGUGCUGCACUCUAGUGCGGCCAUGCUGAAAAUUGCUGAGAUGGAGUACAGUAGUGCCAACAGCAUCUUCCUGCGCCUGCUGCUGCUGCUGCCCUACCGAGUGCUGGAUGCCUUGGUUUUCCACUUCCUAGGGUUCCGGACAGAGAAGCGGGAACUGCCUGUGCUCUGGCACCAGUGCCUCCUGACUUUGGUUCAGCGCUACAAGGCAGACCUGGCCACAGAACAGAAAGAGGCCCUCUUAGAGCUGCUCCGCCUGCAGCCCCAUCCACAGCUCUCUACUGAGAUUAGGCGUGAGCUUCAGAACGCAGUUCCCCGAGAUGUGGAAGAUGUUCCUGUCACCAUGGAGUGAGCAGCCAGCCACUCAUCCAGGUCCAAAGAGCAUGGGGGAAACUGGGACCCCUGUUCAUGAUUAAAGAUGAGACUGAGACUUAAUAGCUGAAGACUCAAGAGCAGCAAGACCAUGGGCAUGGUGUGACUUCUGGGUAGUUGACAAGGGAGGACUUGGGGGUGUGGUGGCUCCCUUUUCCAUUGUAGGCCUUCAUCCUUGCCUGAUUCUGGCACCUGAUUUGAGAUCCUAU